GGGGCGUGUCUUAGCUGUCCGAGUGUCCCCCUCUGGCUGUCAUUUCCUCGGGUGUGCGGGCAACAUGGCAAGCUGCAGCUCUGGACAGAUCCCGGGGGCCACACCGGACUCCGACUCGGACUCGGAUACCGAGGGGCUCCGUCCCCGGCUGCAGGUCAUCCACAGCGGCCACUUCAUGGUCUCCUCACCCCACCGGGGGAAAGAAGCCGAGGGUCCGGGCAAGGUCCCAGCCAGCAGCAUCGAUCCCACGCUGACCCGACUCUUCGAGUGUAUGAGCCUGGCCUACAGUGGAAAAUUGGUGUCUCCAAAAUGGAAGAAUUUCAAGGGCUUAAGACUACUGUGGAGAGACAAGAUCCGUCUGAACAAUGCUAUCUGGAGAGCCUGGUACUUACAAUAUGUGGAGAAAAGGAAGACCCCUGUCUGUGGCUUUGUAACACCUUUGGAUGGAUUAGAAGGAGAAGAUCACCGUAAGCCAGAGGCUGUGGUGCUUGAGGGAAACUACUGGAAAAGAAGAAUAGAAGUAGUCAUGAAAGAAUAUAACAAGUGGAGGAUUUAUUACAAGAAACGGCUUAAAAAGCAUCACCAGGAUGGAAAGCCAUUUCAAGAGAAAAAGGUUGCCCCCUCCUGGAGAAGUAGUGAAAUGUUUGCUGGAUGCUCCCGAAUAGAAGAAGUACGGGGAAAGGAAGAUGAUAUGCAGUUUUUUUUGGAUUUCUACUUGACUGAUACAUCUGACACUUUGUUCACCACAACUCAUGGCCAACCGUCUUUCUAUCAAUAUCCAGAUUUUGAUUAUGUCGGGAAUGCAGAUAUGAUACAGCCAGAGUUGGCAACAUUACAGCCUAAUCUGGAUGACUUCAUGGACAUAUCAGAUUUUUUUGGCACCCCACGCCCUUUUCCUUCUCAGCAGCCUCCGGUUUGUUUCCAAGAAACCCAUUGUUAUACCGGCUUCAAUGAGGGAAUUAACAGCCAACCACAUUCUGCAAUUGGUUGUAACCGAACCUUACAGCCUUCCGCCACUUACGUUCCCCGAACAGAUCCUUGCUAUCUGAGUACACCCUUGUCAACUGUUUAUAACAGUUCUGCAGUACAAUGCUCACCGUCCAACACUGAACCCAAACCACUGUCCCAUUAUCCAGAGCCUGCUGAUAGAUACACCAGAGACUCUUACCCACCUACUGCAUCUGUACCCUUACAAUGUAUCUCCCCAAAUCUUCCAGUGCAGGAUCAGGAUAUGCUGUUUCCACCAGUAUCCUGCCCUAAGCUUCCAUAUACUACUGUGACCACUGAAACCACCAUCUUAAAUCAAGCCACACCUCUGACUAGGCAUGCAGAUGUCUACCCGCUAUACACUGAGCCUCCAACGCACAUUGAGACUCCUCAUGUGUUCCCUUUGCCAAAAGCUUGUUCAAGAGGUUCAGCCAGCAGAACUAGGAGGCCUUCUGUUGAAGGAGCAACAAGAUCUCUCUGUAGUGUCAGUCAAACCUGCAUUUCAGCAUCUAAACCAGACUCUCCUGCACAACUCCAGUCUUGUGGGCCUAAUGGACUGAGUAACACGACAGGCAGUAGGUCAGAAGCUAUGUCUUUUCCAGGCAUUUCUGUACCACCUAUUCCAUCUUCCCCUACACAAAGUGGCCUUGGUUUUCCCUCUCCUCCGCCUUCAAUAUUCCUCAGUCCUGUUUUAUGUAGUCCAAGCAACAGCACAGUUUCUGAAACCACAAACUUUACAGGUCCUUCUCGGCAUCCGAAAACUGAAAGGUUUUCUCCAUCAUCAGUCUGCAGUGAUGAUCGCAAAGACACGCUAACUGUGCCCUGUGCCCAAAAUUCUCUUACCUGGCAUAAAAGUGACAGCAAAAAGGUUGAGAGCAGACGCAUAACGCACAUCUCUGCCGAACAGAAGAGGCGCUGCAACAUUAAACUUGGAUUUGACACCUUGCACAGUCUGGUGACAAGUCUGCAUGGACAGCACAGUAACAAGCUUAGUAAGGCGACCACCUUGCACAAGACAGCAGAUUACAUCUAUAAGCUGCAGCAGGAGAGGGCCCAGCUACAGGAAGAAGCCCAACGCCUGCGUCACCAAGUGCAGGAGCUAAGCGAUAACAUCAACCUGUGCCAGCAGCAGCUGCCAGCCUCCGGAGUUCCAGUCACACACCAGCAUUUCCAGCAUAUGCAACAAAUGUUUCAGAAUUAUGUCCAGAGCAGGACGCUGCAGAAUUGGAAGUUUUGGCUGUUCAGCCUCAUUAUCCGUCCUCUGUUUGAUUCAUUUAAUCGUAUGGUGUCCACAGCGAGUAUGGCGGAUCUCAGGGAAACAGCUCUGGACUGGCUGGACCAACACUGCUCCCUGCCUGCCCUGAGGCCUACGGUGUUGAGCUCUUUAUGUCAGCUUAGCACAUCAACAUCCAUCCUGACUGACCCAUCCUUGAUGCCAGAGCAGGCAAUGCAAGCAGUCACCCAAGGAGAGAGCGCAAAUAACUUCUACUAGACCAGCCAUUCAUCAGCCAUCCACAUAGGAUGUAUACUGCUAGGGCCUUAACAGAGAACUCUGGGAUAUUUCAUAACCUUAAGCUUGAGUCCCUAAGUGCCUGAGACCUGAAAAUACCAUUCUGAGCUCCGUGAGCCAGUAUUUAGUGUUCCCUCAUCUUUCUCCGCCCAGUGUUAACAUUGUUCAGGAUUUUCAUGUCUUCUGUAUUUUCUUUACAUUUAGUUGUAUAAUUGUGUUUUCUUUGUACAUCUCACAUAAACAUUGUGUAUUAUA